UCCACGUGGCGGUGUGCGAGAGAAGUUCUUUGAUCGUCUGUGUGAACUUUCAACAUCAUCAGCCAUAUCAUCUGGCGAUGCAGUUUAUCAGCUAUCCAGCUGCACUGUUAUUUAUCACUGUUUUAAUGGCCUCCCUUCCUUUCUAUUGAUACUUUACCACUGAGAAAAUAUUAGUGUUAAAGGACUUUAUCACAUUAUAUAUCUAAUAAUUUAAAAGUUUGUAGUGGAUUGCUGGUGGGGUUUAUAUAUCGCGUCAAUUAAUCAGUGAAAAUCUGAACAAGAACUUUGAGACAACAGAACUCUGUUAUCGAAUCGCAAGUGUUUCUAAAGUGCACACAUUCAUUAUACUAAAUUUUGGUGUCUUGGUAGCAGGGAUCAGACGUACAGAUUUAUUCAAUCCCAGUAAAGCUUAUACAGGAUGCAACACACAAUAAUGAGUUAUGACGAUUUACAGUUUUCAAAUAGAACAAAAACAAACACUAGUCGAGUUAUAACUGGCCACAUCAUCAAAUCAGCAAAAGCCCCAUAGUUAAUGCCAGUACUUCUUGUCGUGUAACGGGCGGAUCUCAACGUGGACUUCCUUUUUUUCGUUGCAUCUGUUCUUCAAACUGAAGCCAAAUAUAUUUUCAGCUGAUAGCUUCCAGACCCGCUGACUGUAACUGAAACUUUGCUACUCUUCGAUUUCAAACUCCAGAAGACAGUGAUGCAUCGUUUGAGGGGCUCUCCGUGUAUUGUUGUUUUGCUGUUUUAUUUUACAUGUCUGUGGACAGAUGUCGUUGCUAUGUGUCCGGUUAAGUGUCAUUGCGAUGACGAGAAUCUACGUGUCAUGUGCGAUUCUGCUAAUCUGGACGUUGUCCCAAUCACUCUGAACCCAGAACUUCGUGAACUGGUUCUGAAAAACAACCAUAUUAAAGGAAUCAUGGCUUCAUUUAGUGUCUACCAUAAUCUUAAGUACUUGGAUGUUUCGCAUAAUCAGUUAGUAACAAUCGGUAAAAAUAAUUUUCAAAAACAGAACAACCUAAGGUAUCUCUUAUUGAGUAGAAACAUGAUUUCUUCGCUUGAAAAUGAAACGUUCAUUGGCUUAGAAAAACUCUCUGUUCUUCAAAUGAAUGAGAAUUUUUUGGAAGAAAUCCCUCCAAAUGUUUUCAGUGUUCUCAAUAAUCUGGAAAAUCUAGACCUUUCACAGAACCGAAUUUUCUCUAUCUCUGAUGCUGCGUUUGAAGGUCUAGGGAGCUUGAGAACACUUUCGUUGAGAGACAAUAAAAUUACGGAGAUUCCAACUCAUGCAUUCCAUGACAUCCUAACGCUGUUAAAACUGGAUAUUGGGCUGAAUUCAUUUCGUAUUGUUCCAGAGGAAGCCUUUUCGCUUCUGAGACAAUUAGAAGAGCUCUCACUUGAUGGCUGUGGAAUACAAACAAUAGAACUUGGAGCAUUUAGGUGGCUGAAUUCGUUGCUUGUUCUUCGGCUUCAUGACAAUGAACUUGACGAAAUUCCUACCAAUGCAUUAUUUGAUGUGCGACGUCUAGAAGAAAUCAACAUAGGUCAAAAUAAUUUCGUAGAGUUGAAACCAUUGUGUUUUAAGAGAUUGAAGUAUCUUCGCAUUAUUGAGAUCUGUGGAUCUCAAAAAUUAAUUAGAAUUCAAAAAGAAGCUUUUGCAGAUAACAGUAAUAUACAAAAACUAGUGAUAAACCACAACAAAAUGUUUAGUAAAAUUGAUCAUCAAACUUUUGAUGGACUGCCUCAUCUAAAAUUUGUAAGUUUAAGAGGUAACGCGUUUACUACAUUUCAAUAUGAUUUACUUUCGUGGGAUGAGCUUGAUGUGCUGGACGUCAGGGACAAUCCUCUAUUCUGCAACUGUGACCUUCUGUGGUUAUGGAGUUUACUGAACAAGAAGAAUUUCUCGUCAUCAACUUUAAGUGACCUCACCGAUGUCCGAUGUGCCGACCCUCCAGGUCUCGAGAACGUGCUGCUUACGGAGGUUUCUGAAGAGGGGUUGGGCUGUUUUUUAGAGAACAGACGGCGGCAAAUAAUCAUUGGUGUUGUCGUAGCAGCGGCAGUAGCCAUUGUUACUCUAGUAUUGCUGGGAUUUCGGUACAGAGAAAAGCUGUCUCGCGCAUUCAAGAAUAAAUGGACUUCUGGAAGGAAAGAACCUCAGUAUCAAAAAACCGCGUGUGUCGAAGAAGAAAGUAACAUCUUGCAUGCUGCUGCUCAACAGUCUCUGAAGAUGACACCGGUUACCGAACUAUGAAUAAUGAUUUAGGGGGGGGGGUAGCCUCGUUUGCUAAUUAACCACCACAAAAGACAAUUAAUUACUUCAGAAUAUUUUACGUGAAGCAGUAGAAUGUAAAAAGUUGUAAGCCAGCAGCCUAAUCAACAGUCCAAUUUAUGACCGUUUAUAUAUAGUCUAGAUAUGAGCUGCUGAGAUUAAUAUGUUCAUAUUUAUGACAACAGUAAAAUUUAAGACCAUUAUAUAUACUAAUUUGUUAUUCGAAUAGAAUGUGAAUGGAUUUUGUGGGAUCAGAUUGAAAAUUUUAUACUUUUACAUUUUCAUAAUUUACUUUAAAUACAUAUUAAUAAAAUCAAAUAUGUGUCGCUAAGG